CAAAACUUCAGUUCUGGAACUUAAGGAAUCAUAUAAGUGAUAAGUAAGGAAAAUAAGUGAUUUCUAAUGGUAAUUAUAUGAAUGGCAGGUUGUUCUUUCAGCAAUAGAUGAAGGCAAAAAGGCUCACUCAGAGUUUCACUGAAGACCACUGAAAACUACAAUUACUAUUAUAUACCUCCAGCACUUUUUUUUUUUUUUACAAUUUCGGCUUCAUCUGUUAGCCUGUCGAAGAGCGUGUCUGUUUGGAUUUCCUUUCAGUCACAUAUUGAGUGUUGAGCCUGCUGUCAGAGUCAAAUUCAGGCCAGUAAAUUGAUCACUGUCAUACUGUUUGACAGUCUGUGUGCAUUAACCAAAUGACAGAGCAGAGCUCUAGAAUGUAAUGGCACAGGAUCAAUUCACUAGUGAGCACAAAGGGCACGCACAUAAAACAGCAACACAGAACAGAAGAGGACAAAAAUAAAACAGCAACACAGAACAAAACAACAUAAAGACAUUUUAGAGGUUUCACAACCAUGUUAAGUACUGUGUUAUUGGUACAUGAUGCAGUAGUAGAGUACUGUAUGGUAUAGUCUAACCUCACUUAUGUUUGCCAUUUAAUAUUGAAUUUAGUGUUUUGAUAUAGCUCAUUUUUACAGCUGGAGUUUACAUAAGGGUGUUAAUGAUGGGGCAUAAAUAGUUGUUGGCUGUAAUACUGCAAUCGCACCUCCAUAAUGCAAUAUAAAUGCUAUCAGUCAUUAGGAUAAGACGAUAAAGUAUCACUAUUCACUCAUCUCACUGAUAUCACUGAUUGCUAUCUUAAUUUAACAACAGUGGAUAAAGGUUUGGGAAGAGACCACUCCUGCUUUCCUGGGAUAAGCAGACCCAACUGGGCUGAGGGCAAUAGGCGGGCUAAACUCCAACCAUGCUUCACCCAGAGCUGCCCUCCCCCCUCUGGUGCAACUUUAUCAGUGCUGGCCCCCAGGUGUCGGCCUCAGUUUGACACUUGUACACAAACCCAGCAGCCCUCACCGCAGGACAACAUGUCUGUGACCGAGUCUAAGACAGAGAUAUUUGACAUGUCCAACACAGAAGCUAAGGACAGGAAUAGAGGGAAGAAUAAUAUUGUAAGCAUAUUUGAGCUCUACGUCCAGCCCUGUCUGGCUGAGCUGCUGGGCUCAGCUCUCUUCAUCUUUGCGGGCUGCUCCUCUGUCAUCGGGAAUGUUGGCAUCAGCGGCAGCGUCCAGCCUGCUCUUGCACAUGGACUGGCACUUGCUAUUGCCAUUGCUAUCUUUGGGGAGAUCAGUGGUGGGCACUUUAACCCAGCUGUGUCCCUGAGCGUCUACCUGGUAGGGGGAAUGGAGUUGAUCCUGCUGGCACCUUACAUUAUCGCCCAGAUAUGUGGAGGGAUGAUUGGAGCUGGUUUAGCAAAGUUAAUCUUCCCUGACGAGACUUUUCAGUCUGCCGCUGGAGCCGCUUUUAAUGCUGUUCAGACCAACACAGGCAUUGGGGCUGCAACGGUCGCUGAGAUGUUAAUGACUUUAAUCCUGACCUUGGUGGUCUGCAUGAGCGCUAUCAACGAGAAGACCCGGAGUCACUUCGCUCCUUUCUGCAUUGGCCUUACGGUGACUGCCAACAUCCUCGCUGGGGGAGCCGUUUCUGGAGCUUGUAUGAAUCCAGCCAGAGCUUUCGGCCCAGCUGUAGCAGCGAACUAUUGGACCUAUCACUGGAUUUACUGGGUUGGACCGCUGGCUGGCGCUCUGUUGACUGUCACUUUUGUGAGAUUGCUGAUGGGUGACCAGAAGAGACGCGUCAUUCUGAAAUAAUCUAAUAGAACCUGGAUGGACCACUAUCUCAAAUGUGUAUUUUUAAAAACAGUGUAUUAUAUUAAAAAUAAUUUCAUUUUUUUAUAUUUCAGUUUUUAUACAAAAGUCCAGGGAAUGAUAGCUUAUAUUAAUGCAUACUGUCUUGAUGGUUUAAGUGGAUAAGUACUAUGUAAAGCAUUGGCUUGGUAAGCCAACAUUUUAAUAGUUGUAAUUGAGAUAUCAGUGUUGAGUUUUGUUUUGAAAGUAACUUUAAAUGUAACAUUACCCUAUGUUUGGAGUUUGUUUGGAAUUGAUUGCACAUUUAAAUAAAUAUGUUACUGAAAAUAAAUAUUUGAAUGUGAAAAAAAGAUCAUGGGAAAAGUUUGGCAAUAAAAUGUAUUUGAAGGUCA